AUGGGUUCUCAAAUCAACGUUGGAAAGGAAUCGCAGCUAUUCGAGCCGCUUGUGAUUGCAAAUGGGAAAAUCACCCUCAAGCAUCGAGUUAUCCUUGCCCCCUUGACGAGGAACCGCGGAACGCCUCUUCAUACUUCGACGCCUGAGAAUCCAAAUCGUAUCUGGGUUCCCAACGAUCUCAUUGCAGAUUAUUAUGCACAACGGGCAACGGAUGGGGGGCUUCUCAUUAGUGAAGGCAUUCCGCCGUCACUGGAAGGAAAUGCCAUGCCUGGAGUCCCGGGAAUCUUUCUGGAAGAGCAGGCCAAAGGGUGGAAGAAGGUUGUCGAUGCAGUUCACGCCAAAGGAGCUUACAUUUAUGCACAGCUUUGGCAUUCCGGCCGCGCCAACAUCCCGCAGCUAACAGGGACCCCAAUUGUAGCGCCGUCGAGCAUUCCAUGGGAUGAUGCAAACGAGUGCUUUAUGUAUCCUGCACCUGAUGGAACUCCCGUCAAGUACAGCGACCAACUACCGCUUGAGCUUACAGUGGACCACAUUAAGAAGACCAUCAAAGAUUAUUGCGCUGCUGCAAAGACAGCCAUGGAAAUUGGCUUUGAUGGCGUGGAGCUUCACGGAGGCAACGGAUACUUGCCGGAGCAGUUCUUGAGCUCUAACAUUAAUAAGCGAACAGAUGAAUAUGGUGGAACGCCUGAGAAGCGUUGCAAGUUCGUCCUUGACCUGAUGGCUGAGUUGGCUGCGGCUAUAGGAGAAGAUAACUUGGCUAUCCGACUCAGUCCCUUUGGCCUAUUUAACCAGGCCCGCAGUGAGCAGCGUCUUGAGACUUGGGGUCACUUAUGUCGUGAGCUGAAGAAGAGCCAUCCCGGGCUCUCCUACGUUAGCUUCAUUGAGCCGCGAUAUGAGCAGAUCUUUUCUGAAGCCGAGAAGCAAAAGUUCUUGGAUUCUUGGGGACUUGCAAAGGUCGAUCUGUCCAUGUUCCGCGACAUCUGGGGAGAAACGCCUUUCUUCUCUGCUGGCGGCUUUGACCAUAUCAAUUCGUGGGGGGUUAUUGAGAGCGGCAGGUAUGAUGCUUUACUUUACGGAAGAUACUUCAUCAGCAACCCGGAUCUGGUGGAGAGGCUGCGGAAUGGCUGGCCGCUGGCUCAGUAUGAUAGGUCUCGCUUCUACGGGCCCUUUGAGGACCCGACAAUCGGCUUUACGGACUAUCCGGCCUACAGCAUGAAGAACUGA